AAUAACAACAUAAGGCAAAAAAAAUUGCUCAGACCAUCAUGAAUUGACUUGACCAAAGAAUCAGAGUUGAUGGGAUAAGGUGGCUAGCGCCAGCAGUGAGGAUCGGUAGCCUUGGUUACUAAGCAACCAUAUAAACACUACCUCUAACAGAAUCAGACAGAUCACAAUGCGGAAGGGCUUGAACUACAAAGCAACAAGUGGCAAUUUAGCAAUCACUUCAGUAGCUCUUCAAGACCAUAUCUCACGAAAUGUGAUGCUUCAGAAUUUGUCACAGUAUGAUCCUGGAAAGACAAGAUGUAGAAGAACAUCCCCAGAAACACACAGCAAAGUAAUUAAUGUGAAAGGAACUGUGAAACAGCAAGGUUCUCAGUGGCAGGAUGGCCCAGGGGAGAAAGAGUACGUGCUUGACCCAGCAUCUCCCCCAUUGACAUUAGCCCAGAAAAUGGGUUUGGUGGAGUCCCCGGCAAGGAGACUAACUGCCGAUGAAUGGACUCAGGUCAAGUUGAGGUCUGUUCACGAGGGAGAAUCCAAGCAACCCUGUGCGAUCUGCAGGGAGGAGUUUCGCCUACGGUCUCAGGUUUUGCUGAGCUGCUCCCAUGUUUUUCACAAAGAUUGUCUGAAGGCCUUUGAGAGGUUUUCCGGUAGAAAGUGCUGUCCCAUGUGCCGGAAAGAGCAGUAUGAGACCAGAGUGAUCCACGAUGGAGCUUACCUCUUUAAAGAGAGGUGUGCCAGCAGAAUUCAGGCAUGUUGGCGAGGGUAUGUUGUUCGGAAGUGGUACAGACAUCUGCGCAAAACAAUUCCACCAAAAGACAAACGGCUGCGACAAAGAUUUUUUGAAAGAAAGUUUCAGGAGUUGAAUGACAGCCUUGUCCAAUUCUGCCACACGGACGUGGAGGCUUUCCUGAAUGAUAUCGACCGGUCAGCGUCAUCAAGCAGAAGAGUGUUCCAUCAGUUUGACACCGAGCAUGUUUUGGAGCCCCAGGAGGACGAAUGGCUGAAAAUACAGGAAAAGGUCAUCCAGAGAGACACAUGGGACUGUCCAAUAUGCCUCAGUGCACUGUGCAGUCCCAGCCUAGGGACAGGAAGGACUCCCCACUGGCCACAGAGCAACAGAAGCACUGUGCUCCUGUCCUGUUCUCACCUCUUUCAUCAGCCCUGCCUGGAAGCAUUCGAAGCCUUCUGUUUAGAAGGCCAACCAACAUGUCCACUGUGUAGGUCACUCUACCACAAAAUACUGGUCUGACCUCAAUAGUUUGAUUUAACAAUGAAAGUUCAUAAAGUUCAUAUAAAGGUAAAUACCUCCAGAAUCUAUAUUGAAAGACACAGUCUAGAAAAAUUUGGAUUGAGAAUGAAUCCUGUGUGUGCCACAAAU